AUGUCUGUGCAAUCAUCGACGGACCAGGCCACCGCGCCGGCACCCAAGAUGUCCCUCCUCCACGGACCGGUCGACCCUCCCCUGGUGGACCUGACGCUCGGCGAGCUCCUGGAGCUGCAGACGUACCAGCACGGCACGCAGGAGUGCCUGGUGAUACCGUGGACGGGCGCCCGGUGGACGUACAACGACCUGAACGCGCAGAGCUCUGCGCUGGCCCAGACGCUGCUGGAUAUGGGCGUGGGCGUGGGCGACCGGGUGGCCAUCAUGGCCGGCAACUGCGAGCAGUACGCCGCCGUCUUCUUCGCCGUGGCCAAGAUCGGCGCCAUCCUCGUGAUCCUCAACAACACGUACACGGCCACCGAGGCCCUGUACGGCCUCACCUUCUCCGACUCCAAGGUCUUCUUCACCACCACCCGCAUCGGCCGCAACGACAACACCCCGCUCCUGCGCGAGCUCGAGAACAAGGCCAAGGACGAGGGCAGGACCGCUUCCAAGUCCCACCCGCACGUCGUCAUCAUCCGCGGCCACGUCCCCGACGGCUACGACACCUACGACGGCCUCAUCCGCUCUGCCGCCCGCAAGAACCCCGAGCGCCUCUUCCGCGCCAUGAACAAGGUCCUGCCCCACCAGGUCGUCAACCUCCAGUUCACCAGCGGGACCACCGGUCUUCCCAAGGCUGCCAUGCUCACCCACCAGGCCGAACGCCAGGUUCCGAUCCCGCUGCCCCGACCUACGUUUCAGCUUUCUUAG